AUGUCUGGAAGAGGGAAGACCACCGGCAAGACCAAGGCGAAGGCUAAGUCUCGCUCCUCCAGAGCCGGCCUGCAGUUUCCUGUCGGUAGAGUCCAUAGGCUGCUUCGGAAGGGGAAUUAUUCGGAGCGGGUGGGUGCCGGAGCGCCGGUCUAUCUGAUCCUGGAGUUAGCCGGCAAUGCAGCCAGAGAUAACAAGAAGACCAGAAUUAUCCCCCGCCAUCUACAGCUCGCCGUCCGCAACGACGAGGAGCUCAACAAACUGCUGGGCGGGGUGACCAUCGCUCAGGGCGGAGUGCUGCCCAACAUCCAGGCCGUGCUACUCCCCAAGAAGAGCUCCGCGUCCGCCGCCUCCUCCGCGAAAUCGUCCGGGAAGAAGAGCUCUCAGCAAUCCCAGGAAUACUGA